AUGUCUCCUCUCCUCUGGCUCCUGAGCGCCGGGCUGCUGGGGACAAUGUCCGGAGCCUCGUACCUGGGACCGCUGCAGCCGGAGAUGUCCAACGGGACCUUCCAUCACUACUUCGUGCCGGACGGGGACUACGAGGACAACGACGACCCGGAGCACUGCCAGAUGCUCUUCAAGAUGACGGACGAGCGCAAGUGCGGGGUCCACCAGGACCAGGAGGAGAUGAUCCGGGAGGACUUCACCAUCGUGAAGAGGCAGAUCGAGGACGCGGCUCGGGUGCUGGAGGGCAUCGGCAGGAGCAUCUCCUUCGACCUGGAUGGGGAGGACAGCUACGGGAGGUACCUGCGCAGGGAGACGGCGCAGAUCGGAGAGGCCUUCACCAGCUCCGAGAAGUCCCUGCUGGAGCUGGAGGUGAAGUUCAAGCAGAGCCAGGAGAGCGAGCUGCGAGAGGAGCACCGGCUGAACGACGACUUCCUCAGCAUGAUGGUGCACACGCGUGACGUGCUGAAGGACACGAUGGACGUGUCCCUGGGGCUGAGGGACAAGCACGAGCUGCUGUCCCUCAUCAUCCGCAGCCACGGGACCAGGCUGAGCAGACUGAAGAACGAGUACAUGAAGUUCUGA